UGCAGACAACAAUGAACACAUCUACCUCUAUUGUUCUGUUAAUGAAUAUGGCGAACUUAUGUUCCAAUAUGUUUGUCACGACUGGAUUGCUGCAGAGAGACGGAAAUCUAACGAAGGCUACAAAGGCACUGUUGACGGUACCUCCAAUCCUCUUCCAGACCGGAAUGUACUGCGUUUUCGGUCAAAUCACAACUGACCAGGGCGAGAAGCUGUCUGAUUCGGCCUUCAGCUGUGGCUGGGUCAACUGCGAUUCUCACUUCAAACGCAGCCUGCUCAUCUUCAUCACGAUGGUGGGUAGGCCAGUCGGGAUCACAGUGGGCAAGACGUGCCAGCUGUCGAAGCAGACGUUGCUCCAGGUGCUUAACGGAACGUACGCCCUGCUGAACAUGCUUCUCCAGGUGCGCAGCACUGAGUGAAACCCUAGCAAUCAAUGCGUUUGACAAGUAGCGCAGUUUAAAA